AUGAUGCGACCGUCGCGCGACGGAUUCGUGCGACAAAACUCGGCCGCCGACGGGCUCGUGCGACGAGCACAAGGAAUGAACCUCGGCCCACGCGGAUCGCCCCGUAACGCCAUAGACGUCGUCCCGUCCGUCGAUUGGUCGUCCCGCGAAAGCACGCCUCAGCCAAGACCGCCUGGCGCUGCCGACGGCUCGCGCGACAGAGCUAACGACUCGUUACCACAGGCUUCUAGUCGCGUUUCUUGGGAUGAUGAUGGUUACAGCAACAAUGCGCAUCAUCGUAGUCGCACCACGAGUAACGCUAGUAGUAACGCGAAAGGCACCGCUGCUCGCAGUGGCAGCGGCGCUAUCAUUGGCGCGUUCGGUUCGCUACUCCGCGGCGCCGUUGAUACGAGAGCUGCCUCCGCCUCCUCCUCCUCCGCCGCCGCCGCCACCGCCGUUGGCAACUCACCAGCGGGUUGGCUGCAGCCGAUGACGGAGGCUGACGUGGCACUGUCAGGCGACAGCGGCGGCGGCAGAUACGACGGUUUUGAUGCUCGUCAGAGCCCCAGGUUUGACGGAGAGAUGAUUCUGUCGCCCGCAGCGUCUUCCAGGGAAGACGACAGCAGCGUUGUCAUGGCUCUCCCCGCGCUGCCGCACCGCGCGAUGCCGCCCCAUGGCGGCGCGAUGUCGCACCAUGGCGGCGCGCUGCCGCCGAACCGUGGCGGUGUUGAUAACGGGUCUGCGUUUAUCGGGGAAUACAGCACUGGUAACGGUGGUUACCUCGGGGGCGGGCCCGUGUGGACGCCGAGCGACACGACCUCAGACUCCUCCGCGCUUCGGUGGCAGAACUUCGCUACUAGCAACACUAGCCCUAGCAGUGGUUUAACGAGUACGCCGACAGUUGUAACCCGCAACCCGAGCAAUGUAACGGGCGUUUCCAGCAAUCUUAAAGCUGUUGCCAGCAGCAGUCCUGGUAGCUCUGGUAUGGUUACCAGCUCCGCUGCUGCUGUUACCGGCGUGCGCAACGCGCAAAACGCGCAAACUCCGCGCGGAUGGGCGCAGGAAGCUCCGCCGCUGGCGGGCAGCGUGGAUGGCGGCGACCGCCAUAGCUAUGGGCAUGCGGAAGGGAAUAACAGCAACUAUGGUUGUGCGGAUGGGGGUGGUCGUGGGGACGCGGACGGUACUGUGGGUGGCCUUGUCGGGGGGAGUGGCGGGGGGAAGAGGCGCGCGAGGAGACGCAGGGGCGGUGGCGGGAGAGGGGAGAGCGGAAUCAGGAGAAGCGGUAGAGGUGGGGAGGGAAUGGGGGGAAGCGUGGGCGGGAGCAUCGGGGGGAGCAUGGGGGGGAGUAUGGGGGGAAGCAUUGGGGGAAGCAGCGCCGGAGGAAGCUUCAGGGGGAGCAUUGGAGAGAGCAUUGGUGGGAGUUUGGGCGGAGGUAGUAUUGGGGGAGGCAUGGGCGGUAGCAUUGGCGGAGGAAGUAGAGGGGGGAGCAUGGGCGGAAGCAUGGGCGGAAGCAUGGGCGGAAGUGGAGGCGCGGAGGAGGAGGAGGGCUCCUUAGACUACCCACUGUCCCCUCGCUCCCUCUCCGGACGAUUUCUGGCUAGCGGACGCUCCUUGCCGUCCGAUGCACCGUGUGUGCCGCCCGACGUGUCGUGCGACGCGGUGCAGGUGCCCAACGAGAUGCGCAUUGGGGAUGAGCUGGCCGUCCGCUUCACCCUCACCAACAACUCCCCCCUCCCUCUGCAAGCCGAGGUGGAGGUGGUGGCAGCAGUGGAGUGGGUGAGUGAGAGCGACAGCGAGAGGGGGGCGCUCACGCCCGGCUCGCUCAAGCGGGGAGGCGAGAGGUCAGCAGGCAGGCGGCAGCGGCGGGAGAAGCGCGAGUUCCUGCCGCCCCUCGCCGCCCACGAGAGCGUGACCAUCGACGUCCACCUGGCGCUUGACGAUUCGUUGCUGCCGGCGCCCUUCUCCCUCGCGUCCGUGUCGACCGAGCUCGUGGCAAACGGCCAGCGCUCCCACAAGCGGCGCAAGCAGGUGCGGCUGGUGCCGGGAUAUGUGCCGACCACAGCUGGCGCAAGCAGUCCCACGGGGCAGUGGGUAAUGGGCGCAGGGGGGGCGGCGGGUCAGCAGCAGUGGGCGGAGGUGCUGCUGCUGACAGAUGAGCGCUUCACAUCCACGCAGUACGGCGCCUGGCGCUCCAUCUGCUGCCUGCUCGGGCUACAGCACGCGGUGUGGGACAUUCGGCUGCAAAAGGGGCUGCUUGCACCCGACGCCGCAACUCCCACCUCCGCCGCCACAGCAGCAGCAGGAGCAGCAACACCAUCAGCAGCAGACAGGGCCAGCCAGAACCCGCCCAGCACAACAAACCCCAAAUCACCCCGCUUUGCAGCCACCACCAGCACCAGCAGCGACAACGAUCCUCCCGGGUGGCUAUCUCGCCACGCCCUCGUCGGGGGGUCUCUGCCGCCCAGCUGGCCAAUCACAUGCUAG